UGGGAUGCAUCUCCUCCACAUCAGUGUUCAUUCUCUUUCCCUUUUCUUCCUUCUCCUUUAGGAUAAUGGACACAUCUCUGGUGUUUAAGGUGCAGAGGCGGGAGCCAGAGCUGAUAGCUCCGGCGAAGGCCACUCCUCGCGAAGUGAAGCUGCUCUCAGACAUAGAUGACCAAGACGGGUUAAGGUUUCAGAUUCCAGUGAUACAGUUCUAUCGAUAUGAUCCAGCGCUGGCAGGGAGAGACCCUGUUGGGGUUAUCAGAGAGGCUUUGGCCAAAACGCUUGUGUUUUACUAUCCCUUUGCAGGUAGGCUGAGGGAAGGAGCCGGUCGGAAACUCAUGGUGGACUGCACAGGGGAGGGUGUUUUAUUCAUUGAAGCUGAUGCAGAUGUCACACUCGCUCAAUUUGGUCACGCUCUUCAACCUCCUUUCCCCUGCUGGGAGAAUCUUCUUUACGAUGUUCCUUCCUCCCAAGGAGUUCUUCACACUCCCCUUCUCCUCAUCCAGGUAACGCGCCUGAAGUGCGGCGGUUUCAUAUUCGCGCUCCGUCUGAACCACACCAUGAGUGACGCAGCGGGGCUGGUCCAGUUCAUGAACGCCGUGGGAGAGAUAGCGCGCGGGAGGCAGGAGCCAUCGGUCCCACCUGUGUGGCGCAGAGAACUUCUGAACGCGCGGGACCCACCGCGAGUGACGUGCAUCCACCGUGAGUACGACGUCGUCCCCGACACGAAAGGCACGAUCAUCCCCGUGGACGACAUGGCCCACCGCUCCUUCUUCUUCGGCCGCAGCGAACUUUCGGCCAUCCGGCGCCUCCUCCCCCCUCACCAGAACCAGUGCUCCAGCUUCGAUGUCCUGACCGCGUGCCUAUGGAGGUGCCGCACCCUGGCCCUGCAACCUGACAGCGACGAGGAGGUCCGCAUUAUAUGCAUCGUGAACGCGCGCUCCAAAUUCAACCCUCCUCUGCCAGAAGGUUACUACGGCAACGUUUUUGCUUUCUCCGUGGCGGUUACGACUGCGGGAAAGUUAUGCGAGAAUCCGUUGGGGUAUGCUUUGGAGUUGGUGAGGAAGGCGAAGGCGGAUGUGAGCGAGGAGUACAUGCAGUCGUUGGCAGAUCUGAUGGUUACAAGAGGACGGCCUCACUUCACGGUGGUGAGGUCGUAUCUGGUGUCGGAUGUGAGACGAGCAGGGUUCGAAGACGUUGACUUUGGGUGGGGUAAAGCUGUGUAUGGAGGACCCGCGAAGGGCGGUGUUGGAGCCAUUCCUGGUGUGGCUAGCUUUUACAUACCCUUCAGAAAUGAUAAGGGAGAAGAAGGUUUGGUUAUGCCAGUUUGCUUACCCUCUGAAGCCAUGCAGAGGUUUGAGAAGGAGUUGGACUCUGUGCUCAACAAUCGCCUUCCACCAACUAUUAAUACUAUUUCUUCUUCAAAUUCCAGGCAGCUCCUUCUUUCUUCCUUGUAGUCUAAAUUACCAAUCCAGGAACGAAUUCCACCUUCUUCUCACUCUCUCACAAACCCAUCACUACACUACUUUCUACCGCCACUAAAUUAAGUACUAUUUCUCUCUUUAAAUGUCAUUACUUUUUAAUCCUUUAUCUUUUGUACCCUUGUCUCUAUUGAAAGUCAAGUUUGAGUUGAGAAAACGUUGCU